UGCGCAGCUCGUUCCGCCGCUCUUCCCACCAAUGAUCCGAUUGGAUGGGCGUGGCUGCGCGUGCGGACAUAAACCUCCCCUCUUCGAGUUGUCAGUCCUCCUCCUUCCAGCCGCACUGACUUUGCACAGCGCGACUCAGCUCUGAACCUCAGUCCUCGAGACAGACGUGUGAAGGGAAUAAUCUGCAUUUACUCAUCAAGUAAACGCAACUGUCAAAAAGCCUUCCCAGAAACCAUGACUAGCUACCACAAACCCGACGAAAAGACUGUGCAGGGGCUGAAAGACAUAGCUAACAAGCUCAGGAUCAGCUCUAUCAAGGCAACAUGCGCCUCCAAUUCCGGCCACCCCACAUCAUGCUGCAGUGCAGCAGAGCUGAUGUCUGUGCUGUUCUUCCACACCAUGCGCUAUAAAGCAGACGAUCCUCGUAAUCAGUGCAACGACCGCUUUGUUCUCUCAAAGGGCCAUGCUGCACCCGUCCUGUAUGCUGCCUGGGCUGAAGCAGGCUACGUGAAGGAGUCCGAUCUGCUUAACCUGCGUAAGCUUGAUUCUGACCUGGAGGGGCACCCCACACCAAAACUGGAGUUUGUUGAUGUGGCUACAGGAUCCCUUGGACAGGGCCUUGGGGCUGCCUGUGGCAUGGCAUAUACUGGCAAACACUUUGACAAGUCCAGUUACCGUGUGUACUGCAUGCUGGGUGAUGGGGAGUGUUCCGAGGGCUCAGUGUGGGAGGCCAUGGCUUUUGCCUCCUACUACAAGCUGGAUAAUCUGGUGGCUAUUCUGGAUGUCAACCGUCUCGGUCAGAGCGAGCCUGCACCCCUGCAGCACGACAUGGAGACCUACAGGAAGCGCUGUGAAGCCUUCGGCUGGAACACGUAUGUUGUGGAUGGACAUGACGUGGAGGAGCUGUGCAAAGCUUUCUGGCAGGCCCAGCAGGUCAAAGAUAAACCCACCUGCAUUGUUGCCCAGACAUUCAAGGGCAAAGGACUCAAAAACAUUGAGGAUCAAGAUAAUUGGCAUGGAAAACCCAUCCCCAAGGACCGGUUGGAUGCUAUCCUGAGUGAUCUGAAAUCACAGAUCAUGGUCCCCAACAAGUCUCUGUGCCCUGAGCUGCCCAGUGAUGACACUGCUCCAGCAGACCUCAGUCCCAUCUCCAUGCCCUCACCUCCAGCUUACAAAAAAGGAGACAAGGUUGCAACGAGGCGAGCAUAUGGUGAUGCACUGGCCAAACUGGGUCAGGCGAGCAAGAGAGUGGUCGCCCUUGACGGAGACACCAAAAACUCCACUUUUUCAGAUCGCUUCAAAAAGGCCUUCCCCGAUCGCUACAUUGAGUGUUUCAUCGCUGAACAGAACAUGGCAAGUGACUUUCUCAGCCCUGAAGAUUUAAAAUGUAUCUAUAUGGAACUAAAAAGCUUUUUAAUAAAGUUGGUGGGAGUUGCCAUUGGCUGUGCCACCCGUGACCGCACGGUUGCAUUUGCCAGCACAUUUGCAGCCUUCCUCUCCAGAGCCUAUGAUCAGAUUCGUAUGGGAGCCAUCUCCCAGACAAAUGUCAACCUGGUGGGGUCCCACUGUGGAGUGUCCAUUGGUGAGGAUGGUCCGUCUCAGAUGGCCUUGGAGGACAUUGCCAUGUUCCGUGCUAUACCGACAUGCACAGUGUUUUACCCGUGUGAUGCAGUGUCCACAGAGAGGGCUGUCGAGAUGGCUGCCAACACCAAGGGGAUCUGUUUCAUCCGCACCAGUAGACCAGAAACUGCUGUAAUCUAUUCUCCAGAUGAGAAGCUUGAAAUUGGUGUAGCCAAGGUGGUGCGCCAGUCUGACAAAGACCAGGUGACUGUGAUUGGAGCUGGUGUUACUCUGCAUGAGGCUCUGGCUGCUGCUGACAUCCUGGAGAAACAAGGAAAACAUAUCCGUGUAAUUGACCCAUUCACCAUCAAACCCCUGGAUGCUGAUACCAUUCUGACUAGUGCCAGAGCCACAAGGGGACAGAUCAUCACAGUGGAGGACCACUACAAGGAGGGUGGUCUUGGUGAGGCGGUGCUGUCUGCUGUAGGAACAGAGCCCGGUAUUGUUGUGACCCGACUGGCGGUGUCGGGGGUUCCCCGCAGUGGAAAGCCCACUGAGCUCCUGGACCUGUUUGGCAUCAGUGCUAAACACAUCGUCACUGCAGUCUGCCAGACCUUUGCAAACUGAGGACUGUGUUAAGUGUGUGUGUGUGUGUGUGCUUUAAUUACAACCCACCUCUCUGCCUGCUGCAAACCUCCAAACUUGAAGGCCUCUGUCAUCUUUUGGCUUUGCAGUUUACUAACCCUGUGUGGCUGUCACAUGUAGGUGGAGAUGACUGUAGUGUGGUCAGAGCCUGAAAAUCUAAUGCCUCCCAAUGUGCACACUGUAGGUUCCAUUGUUGCACCACUUCUUUAUCAUUCCAUCAUGUCUUGAAGUACAGACUCCAGAAUCUCUAGAUACUGUAAAUGUUGUGACGGUUGGAUUUGAAAUGCUCUGCCUGGUCACAGUUAUUCCUGUAACAUUCCUAACACCCAUUCCUUUUUAUUUGUUUAGCUUUAUGAUGAGCCAAGCAUCUUCUUCAAAGCACUGCUGCCGUUUUGUCAGUCUGAUGUAAUUGUCCAGGAUCAGCCCACAGUGCUUAAGAUAGAUGUUUUGCUCAAUCAUGGUGUGAAGUUAAACCGGAUAUAAACAGUUUGAUUUUUCAGCAGCUGUUUCUGACCACAGUUACAAUGUUACUGGCUUUUAAGGUCACCAUGUCAUCCUGUUGCUCUGUGCUAAAUUAAAAUUACGCUCUAUACUACUGA